CGCCGGAGCUGGCUGAGCAUGGGGACAGCGGCGCGGCGCUCCGCUCCUCCUCGCGCGGCCUGAGGGGCGGCCGCUGCCGGGCGGGGAAGGCGGCGAUGCUCUGCCCGCCCGCCUAGGGCUGGGCGCAUCUCGCUGCAGCAGCCGCCGGGGCUGCCCUCCCUCGCUUUCCGCCCGCAGAGCAGUGCGGGGGGCGCCGACCUGCUGCGGCUGCUGCUCCCCCGUCCGCAGCUGGGCUGCCUGGGGGGCGUCCCCGCCAGCCCCCCGCCGCUGCCGCCUCGUGCAUGGCCGCAGCAUGGCCACGCUGCUCUGCCGGGUGCAGUUCCUGGACGACACCGACCCCUUCACCAGCACCAGCUUCCCCGAGCCCACCCGCCCGCCGCUGUACGCCUUCCGCGAGGACCUGCCGCUCAGCACCCAGCUGCCCGCCGUGCACCGCCUGCUGCGAGCCCCGCACAAGCUUGAUGACUGCACUCUUCAAUUGUCCCAUAAUGGUACCUAUCUGGAUUUAGAAUCCACUUUAACGGAACAAAGGGAUGAAUUGGAAGGCUUCCAAGAAGAUGCUGGGAGGGGUAAGAAGCACAGUAUAAUUCUGAGGACCCAGCUCUCUGUGAGAGUCCAUGCCUGCAUUGAAAAACUCUAUAACUCCAAUGGACGGGAGCUGAGACGUGCACUUUUCUCUUUGAAACAAAUAUUUCAGGAUGACAAGGAUUUGGUUCAUGAGUUUGUUGUGGCUGAGGGCUUGACUUGCUUGAUAAAAGUGGGAGCUGAGGCUGACCAGAACUACCAAAACUACAUCCUGAGAGCUUUGGGUCAAAUUAUGCUGUAUGUAGAUGGGAUGAAUGGAGUGAUAAAUCAUAAUGAAACCAUCCAAUGGCUCUACACUCUCAUUGGUUCAAAGUUCCGCUUGGUGGUAAAGACCGCACUGAAGCUACUGUUAGUGUUUGUGGAAUACACAGAAUCCAACGCACCACUUUUAAUCCAGGCAGUGUCCACAGUGGAUGACAAGAGAGGUGCCAAGCCAUGGUCCAACAUCAUGGAAAUCCUGGAGGAAAAGGAUGGAGUUGAUACUGAACUGCUGGUCUAUGCAAUGACCUUAGUUAACAAGACACUCUCAGGGUUGCCAGAUCAAGACUCUUUCUAUGACGUGGUGGACUGUCUGGAAGAGUUAGGCAUUGAAGCUAUUUCACAGAGACACUUGAACAAGAAAGGAACAGACUUGGACUUAGUUGAACAAUUUAACAUUUAUGAGAUGACACUGAGGCAUGAGGAUGGAGAUGAGAAUGCUGAACCCCCACCCAGUGGCUGCAGGGACAGAAGAAGAGCUAGUCUUGGCUCCAGUGAACGAAGGGGGUUAGAACGGAGAAGAAGCCGGAGACAUUCAGUCCAAAAUGUCAAGAGCACUUUAUCUGCUCCUGCAAGUCCCUGCAGCCAGAUGAGUCCAAACUUCAUGUUAGACCAUGGUCAACACAUUGAAGAUCUUAGUGAGAAAUACAGUAGCUAUGGCAGCAACUCUUAUUCUUCUGCCCGACCUCACUCUGGACUAAGUGCACCUACAACGCCUACUUCUCAUUCUGGGGCAGUCCUCUCACCACCACAGGAGACAAAAACUGAAAGGCCAUCAUUGGGUGGUCUCCUUACAUCAUCUUAUCGGCAGCACCAGGAGUCCUUGGCAGCAGAAAGAGAGAGACGACGUCAAGAGAGAGAAGAGAGGUUACAAAGGAUAGAGCGUGAAGAGAGAAACAAAUUCAACCGAGAUUAUUUAGACAAAAGAGAAGAGCUAAGACAAGCAAGAGAAGAGAGAUACAAAUACUUGGAGAAGUUGGCAGCUGAGGAGUAUGAGAAGGAGCUGAAAAGCCGGAGUAUAAACCGAGGCAGAAGUGAGCUGUCCUUGAACCUGGGCUCUCCCUCAGCCCCAUCCUCUCCCAUUGCCAAGUGCACCAGCCCAGCCUCGCUAGAAUCCCAAGAGGAGCUGAACACCCCUUCUACAUCCCGGGGGACACCUCAGCCCCCUGAAGCAAGUGCCAGUGAACUUGAACCAGAACCUGAGCCAGAGACAGAACCAGAACCAGAACAGGAGGCUGAGGCAGAGGCCGAGCAGGGAGCGGAAACAUCACAGGAAAUAGAGGCUUCAGCAGUGGGACCAGAGUGUGAGGUGGAACAAGGACCAGAGAAAGAGCCAGAAGAAAGUGCAAUACUCAGUGAAAAAGAGAGGCAGAAUGAGGAAGUGAAUGAAAAAGACAACUGCUCUGCAUCCAGCAUAUCCUCAGCAAGCAGCACUUUAGAGAGGGAGGAGAGAGAGGACAAGUUAACCAGUGACAAUGAAACUGGUCCAUGGUCACAGACCAUUCAAGAUGCUGGUGUGAAUGAGCAGUGCAGCAACAUUCUCAACAACAAACGGUUUAUGCUGGACAUGUUGUAUGCCCAUAAUAAAAAACCUAAAGAUGCAGAGGAAAAGGAGUUGGAGGAGAAGGAGGAAAAGACGGAGACGGAGGAAAGUGAAGAGUCAAUCACCAGCCUAGCCAGUAGAAUUUCAGUCCUGCAGGCCACCAAGCAGGCCAAAGAGGAAAGUGUCAAAAAGAUGGAGAUUGAAAACCUGGACAACCAAGGCAGCGUGAAAGCUUUUGCAGAAAAAUUCAACAACGGUGAGCUGGCCAAGGGGACAGACUUGCCUGAGGAUGAGCUGAGUGAAAAAGUUUCAGAUAAAACACAAGCACAGCCAAAGAAGGAAUCUGACUACAUCUGGGAUCAGUUGAUGGCUAAUCCUAGAGAACUAAAAAUAAAAGACAUGGAUUUUACAGACUUGGGGGAAGAGGAUGAUGUAGAUGUGUUGGACAUGGAUAUGGGUCCUGGGGACUCCCUAAUUCCCCCUCCCCCUCCUCCACCAGCCUUUUUGGGUUUACCUCCUCCACCACCUCCCCCCCUGUUUGGCUGUCCACCUCCACCCUCUGGUAAUUUAUUGGCUCCUCCACCACUCUUCAGCACUCCUCAGAGUUUAGGGUCACCCCAGGUCUCCAGGGGUCAGCCAACUUUCAUAAAGAAGAAGAAAACCAUCCGUCUAUUUUGGAACGAGGUACGGCCAUUUGAGUGGCAGUGUAAGAACAACAAGCGCUGCAGAGAAUUCCUGUGGUCGAAACUGGAACCCAUUAAAGUGGACACUUCCAAACUGGAGCACCUCUUUGAGUCUAAAUCCAAGGAAUUGCCUGUCACAAAGAAAACUGCUGCAGAUGGAAAGCGACAAGAAAUUAUUGUGUUGGACUCAAAGCGAAGCAAUGCUAUCAAUAUUGGCUUGACAGUAUUACCCCCUCCACGGACGAUUAAGACUGCUAUUUUGAACUUUGAUGAAUAUGCCUUAAAUAAGGAAGGAAUAGAGAAAAUUCUAACCAUGAUUCCUACAGAGGAGGAGAAGCAGAAAAUCCAGGAGGCACAGAUGGUAAACCCAGACAUUCCCCUGGGCAGUGCAGAACAGUUUCUUCUCACGCUUUCUUCUAUCAGUGAACUCUCCGCCAGACUCCAGCUCUGGGCUUUCAAAAUGGACUAUGAGCUAGUGGAAAAGGAAGUUGCAGAGCCACUUUUAGAUCUGAAGGAAGGAAUGGACCAGCUGGAACAUAAUAAAACUUUGGGAUUUAUCCUUUCUACUUUACUAGCCAUUGGGAACUUUCUAAAUGGAACCAAUGCCAAAGCUUUUGAAUUGAGCUACCUCGAGAAAGUUCCAGAAGUCAAGGACACAGUGCACAAGCAGUCUCUUCUGCAUCAUGUCUGCACUAUGGUGGUGGAAAAAUUCCCAGACAGCACAGAUCUUUAUUCUGAGAUUGGAGCCAUCACUAGGUCAGCCAAGGUUGAUUUUGAACAACUUCAGGACAACUUAUGCCAGAUGGAAAGAAGGUGCAAAGCAUCAUGGGAUCAUCUCAAGGCCAUAGCAAAGCAUGAAAUGAAGCCAGUGCUGAAGCAAAAAAUGUCUGAGUUUCUUAAAGACUGUGCAGAAAGAAUCAUAAUUCUCAAGAUUGUUCAUAGAAGAAUAAUUAACAGGUUCCACUCAUUUUUAUUGUUUAUGGGCCACCCUCCCUACGCGAUCCGUGAAGUCAACAUUAAUAAAUUCUGCAAAAUUAUUAGUGAAUUUGCUCUGGAAUAUCGCACCACCAGGGAACGAGUUUUGCAGCAGAAACAGAAACGGGCCAACCACAGGGAAAGAAACAAGACCAGAGGGAAAAUGAUCACAGAUUCUGGAAAGUUUUCCAGCAACUCCACUCCAUCUCAGAGCCAGCCACAAGGCCUGGAAUAUGCUGAAGAUGCAGCUGAGCAUGAGCACAUGAAGGCCGUCCUGAAGACCUCCUCUCUGGGUGGAGAAAGCACCACUGUGCUAGGAGUCCGCACCCGAAGCAGAGCCAGUAGAGGGCGAAUUGGUUCAUGGAAUGCUGGUAAUGAUGAUUCACCUAACGCUACUGAUGACGCAGCUGAUGAGAUCAUGGAUCGCAUUGUGAAGUCUGCUACCCAAGUGCCAAGUCAGCGAGCGGUGCCUAGAGAAAGGAAGCGGUCACGAGCUAACAGGAAGUCGUUAAGAAGAACACUAAAGAGUGGACUGACACCAGAAGAAGCCAAAGCACUGGGCCUGAUCAGCACCUCUGAGAUGCAGGUAUGAAGAUGCUGGAGAUGACUGCAAGCAGAACCAUCGUUGGUAACAUGCGGGCUGACAACCGUUCAGUGUAGCAUUGUCUUGCCAGCCUCAUCUGCUACUCCUGACAUCCUCCGUCCUCUAUUAGUUUAAUUUUGGUAAAAUGAAAAAAACAAGAAAAAAGCAACAAAAAACCCCAGAAACAAUCAAAAAAGUAAGAAAGAAACCACAAAAAGGGCUAAAGGGUGUGUUAUAACUCAGCACUAAAACUUGAUGGUUCCAAAAAAGAGUGUUCGAGUAUGUGUAGGUGAAAGAUUAUAGUUUGUUUUCUCAUGAUGCAUUGACAUGGUUAAUAGGGGCUCUCUUCAAGUGAUCUUGUAUUGUGUGAGCUAUGUUUACGUUGGCUUUCCUUGUGGCCUGUUUUAGUAAUCAUAAAAUAUGGCAUUUUGUCAAUGCAAGGAAUAGUCCUUAAAAAGGCAAAAUACCUUCUGUUACACUUACUAUGAUCUUCCUUAGACAGUUUUUUUGGUCAAACAUACACAAUUGUACAACCCCAUUUUUAUCUUGCCACCAAAGAAUGUAAAAAUGUAUGUGCACUUACGUAUAUGUACAGAAUAGAUUUGUGUGCAUGUAUCUUCAUAUACACAUAUUGUCCUAGGGUGAAUUCCUACCUUAUUGACGCCAGUGGAAUGUAGGUUUCACCCUUGAGGCCUUAAAAUUCCACCUAUUCUACAGGAUAGGGUUGUCUUUUUACAGGAACGCAAUGUUAUCCAAUGAAAUUCAUUGUGGGGCAGGAGGUCAUCUUCAGGGCAAGUGGAAUGUUUAAGACCCAGGACUAAAUAUGUAUUAAUGCGCACACACUGUACACAAAACUGCACACACACAGAGAUAGCACAGGAUACCUCCUUUUGCUGAGCUCUAGGUUGACUGUGUUAGUUAAAAUUUCAGAUGUUUCUCCCAACUCUUUACAUGUUAGACUAGAUCAAGAAGUUUUGUUCACCUGCCUGGCCCUUCAUGCUGCUUUUCUCUGUUGUGAUGUAGCUUGGUGGGGAUUUUGUUUCAAACUCACUGAACCAAGUACAGAACAGCCUUGCUAAAAUUCUCCUGUAUUUUUCUUUUAAUUGUUAACAUGAAAAUUAAAUGAAGAAAGUACCAUAGUGAACUCAUUUCUUUCCACACAAGGAAAUUGUCUUCAUUAUUUGCCCUCAUCAUACUAGUUUGUAACUAACUUAUCUAAGUCAUCCCCAGUGUAUGUGUGAGGUUUUAUAAUGUCCUGUUGUGGUAUGGCCCAGCAUAAUUUAUCACAGUCCAUUGUCAGAACUGGACAGGGUACCCUGUAAUCAGCGCAUUUGUCUUUGUGUAGUACAUCUGUUUUAGCAAAUUUGAACAGAAUGCAUUUAUCCCUGAGUCUUACUGAAGCAUUUUCAUGAGAACUGCAUUGUAAUGCUGACAACAUAAAAAGGAAUAUUUUAACCAAAGCAUGUCAGUGAUAAGAUGGUACAGAAAAAGGCAAUGAAAGGCACUAACAGAUUAACUUUUUCAGUUAGUCUGGGUUGAGAAUAUGUGUGCACUGCAGUCAUACCUGAGGUACUUUUAAAAUAGGUUGCUCAGGAACUUCAGCAUGGACUGCAAAACCUGCCAGUGAAGCACGAUAAAUUAGCCCAUGGUUGUUUGACUGGUGGCCCAUAUUGGCCUAUGAGGGGUUAACAGGAAGUAAAAAUUUGACCACCAGAUCCCUGAAAAUUGCCUAGUGCACAGAUACCAAAGAUAGAACUCGAAUCACAUAUAAAACUGUGUUGGCCAGCGCAUCUGAGUGAUUAGAGAGCUAAUCAACUGGCAAUAUUAAAUGGAAUAUGGUGAAAAAUCCCACCUGUUUGAUUCUAACAGUCAGAUGCUGGAUAUUAGUUCUUAUUUGGGGGUCUUCAUCUCUCUGGUGCGGGGGUAAAUGUCCCUGCUAUGAGUUCUGGUCCUUUAUGAAUGUGUUUUCCCUCCAUUUUAGCAUCUCAUUUUAGUUUAACAAGUGGGUUUUGCAGGCAAACAGAAACUAUUCUUUAGUUACCUAGUAAAAAAGGUAGCAUGCUGCGAAGUUCUGCAUAGGAAGGUUUAGAACACUGAAGGAAAUGCCAUUUAUUAUUAUCAUAGUCCAUUACAAUGAGAUAUUAACACUUAUGAGCAUCAGGGUUUUGGUGAGUAUCUCUAGGUGCUGCUGGGAUGGCUAUUCAGUAUGUUUCCUUAACUUCUUGCUCAAGAUUGUGUAGAAUGCAUGGACGGAGGUCAUGGAGAUUCGUGCAGGUUGUUGAGUUCUGGGUACAAGAAUUAUGUUGGAUUUCUAAGGUAUGAAAGGGAGAAGAGAGGCCCAAAUGCAGCCUUUAUUGCAGUAGGAUGUAGCUGAUGCCUGAUGACCUGUAUUUUAAUGCAACAGGGGAAAACACACAUUAUUUGAGUGAAUAACUAUUUGAAUUAAUUAAAAAACUAAUUGAAUUACACAAACUAAAAUGCACUGUACAAACAUUGUAAUAGACAUUGUUGACCAGGUGCUGACUGGCCACGGGGAUGCAUUUCAUGUAGACAUAGUACAUCGUCUGUGUCUGGCAAAUAAAAUAUUUGGUAAAUUAUUUUUUAAAAUGGAAUAUAAAUAUUUGUUCGUGGUACAGUAGUAGAGCAAAACUUCAAGAUGUUUAAUACUGUACUAGUGAAGAAUUAAAAUUAAACUUGUGGUUUUUUUAGAACAAGUCCAGAUUUCCCGGGGUCUGACAUAUUUUGUAUUUGUAAAUUUUUGCCUUGUAAAUUAUUUCAACCCUAAUAUUUCUCACAUUUUUUCUGUGCUUCUGCCCAGCCCUCUUUUACAGUGGACUCUUACCAUCUCCUAAAUUCUCUUUCAAGUUUUUAUAAAAGUCCAUUCCCAAACAAGUUUUAUUGACUUGUUUUCAACUUGGUCAAUUGAUAACAUGCUAUUGGUUAGUAUAAUUCUUUUUGUAUUGAUUAUCUAUUGUGGCAAGUUGAUACAACACAUAAAAUAUGCAGUUACUAUAGAAAAUGUUAACAUUUAAGUUAAUAACAAUAAUUGACAAUUGUUUAGUAUGGUCGUGCUUUGAAGAGGCAGCAUCUCCCACUGUAUCUCUUGUAUUUAAUGCUUUUGAAAAUAAAAUUUGUUUCCCUUUAUCUAAUCUGGAGGUUCUAGUUUGAUGGGGAAGAGUUGGCUAAAUCUUGCAUUUGUCUGCAUAUAAUCUUGUCAUAGCACAUAUGGAUUCAGGGUCAGUCCUUCAUCAAAAUAGGUCUUUAUUAGUGUCCAACAGAUAGUUAAGCUUUAUGUGUAACAUUCUAGUGAUAAGUAUAAAGAUAUAUGGGGGGGAAUCAGUUUCUGUUAGCUGAGAAUCUUACCCCAAGAGUUUAAAAUCUCCAGUAAGCUCCCAGGACCACUGGUGGUGGUCAUUUCAGGAGCCACUGCUGUGUGUAAUUGGGACACUUCUGUACCAGCAUAAUGCCAUCCUCAUUUUUAAUGCUGCUGUGAACUUCAGCAUUUCAAAUUACUGCCAAAAGGAGGAUUAUCCCAAUCUCCUUUUCUAUUCCCUGGUCCUUAAUUGUGGACUACAUACAAACAGCUCACAAAAGAUCCCUGGAUGAAAAAAAAAUGUUUUUCAUUCAUCAUCUCUUGGAAUUCUGUUCACCAGAAUCACAAAUUCCAAGUGUUUUCGCACUUAAUGCAUUUCCCCAAUGAUUUCUACCUGCAAAGGGGGGGGGGGGGUUAUAAACUCUGCCCUAGUAAAAUCAACAAAUUGUAGCCCAGUCUUCUGCAAAGGUGUCUAUUUUAUUCUGACAGGUACUGAAAAAAGAAUUAAAAGCACUUUUUUUUCAUUUGAACUUAUUUUAAAUCUUUGCACUUUCUAUUGAACUGUGCAUUGGCAAAAGCUGGAAGCAAGUGAUUUUUUUUUCCUUUUUUAAAAAGCUGCAUGGUUCAGCUUUAUUUUAUAUUGGUGGGGGGGGGAAAACUGUGGUAAAUAGCGAUAAACAGGAGGUGUUGAGUAUGGCACUGUAGCUAAGUAUACAUCAGAGUCCAUGUUCCGGCUAGCAGGAGCUCAGAGUCUGAGUCCUGGCCUGACAGGGAGGACUUCCUGCAAGGUGCCCUUCUCCUCCUAUUCAAAGCAUCUGACACUUGGCAGGGUUGAGCCUUAAGCUCCCAGUAUGCCAUACUGUAAAUUUACCCCAAGAAUACAGAGGAAGGAAAGCAACAACACAGAAAGUCAGAAAGUGCCAGAAAGUGCUGCUUGUGGGGGCUAUACCACACUGAUAUCCCUUCCGUGUCAUUAAAUCCAGUCUGUCUCAAUGAACCUGUAUAUCCAAAUCCUUUAGAACAUCCUAUUAAUGUGAAUUUGGAAAUCAGGGGCAGAAAGAUGAGUCACUUAGUAAAGUGUCAGGCACGAUUAAAAUUAGCUUACGCUGGGCAUUCAAGAUGAGAGAAGAUAGCAGUUUACCAAUUUUACGUCCCGCAUCCCUAUACAUGUAGACAUUCCUUUAACUUCAAAGUGGGUUUUGGUUUAGAAGUCCAAGAUUUACCAAUAUAUUAGUUCAUCAUUUAGAACCCUUUCUUUUUUUAGACUCUUUGGUAACGGGACUAAGAAAGCAUGAUAAGAAGCAGCACCCCAAAGGGCGAUUCCUGAUCUCUUACACAUACCCCCAGCUCCCACUGAUAUCUUUAAGGUGAAUGGUAGGUGGAUAGAGAAGGAUUGAUCCUAACUUUGCUUAACGUUCAGAUUAUUCUGACUUCCAAAAUCUGGAGUCAAGAAGUAUUCUCUAAACUGCAAGGGCUAUGAAUAUUGAAGUUUCUCUAGAAGGAAAACUGCCAGGGACACAGAGGGUGGGGUAGAGGUAAGGAAGAAAACCUGCAGUAAUUUCCUAACAAAGAAAAUUUAUUAGGAAACAUUAAAACUAAUUUGAAAACAAAUAAAUCCAUAUAAGAGCCUGUUUUCUUUUCCUUCUUGGUGCAACCUGUGAUUGAGUUGGUAUUUUAGAUGCAAUAGAAAGAGGUUUCUGGCAACCAGUUUAAUAGUUCAAACAGCAAGCCAUUCAAAGGAGCUUUGGCAGGGUCUUAUAGUUUUAUGUUUAUGCAAAAAAAAAUGUGUUUAAAAUAUUUCUGUACACUUCUUACUCUAUAGUUUCACACUGAGUGGCAAAUAGAGGUAUACUGUGUCUAACCUUUAUCUAACCCGGAAGCUCCUUUGAAAGAAAAGUUUAUUUGUAGCAUAUGCUGCAUUUCUCCCUUUUAAAGACUGUCUUUGCUCAUAUGUCUUCUUAUUUUUUGUGAGCUGGGAAUUGUAAAAAAAAUGUAAAGUAGAAAAGGACAUGUGUCUUAGGUGAAGGACAAAUACUGUAAAAUUGUGUAAAUGUUACUACUCAUUUUUUUGUGUUGUGUGUAGCAUAGUGUAAAAUAGGCUUUUCAGCAGUGUUAUUCUGUGAAUUGUAAUUUAAAAAAAAAAGCCACGCAUGGUCAAAAAUAUUAUCUACUGGUCCUCCUCUGUUUGGGGGUUUUUUUGUUGUUGUCAUUUUUUCUCAUUUUAGAUAAAGAUGUUUUGUUUAUGAUAAAUUUAAUUGUCUACAAACCUGCUCUUUAUUUCUCAGUUUUACUACAUAAAGAACUUGAAUUCCUGUUUAAAAAUUACUACACACAAGCACACUUACAAUUUGUACCCAUCUUUAGGAGGCUUUGUCACUACAUUAAGUAUAACCCUCAUUAACAAACCCUCCUCUGGUCCUCCAAUUUCUUCCCCAUCUCACUGUCUAGAAAAGUACAGUCUUUCUUUUGUGUGUGUGUGUGUGUGUGUGUGUGUGUGUGUGUGCCAUGCAGGGUCAACAUGGAAAACCAACCACAGACCUGUGUCCAAAAUUUCUUGAUAUAAGUAGUUACAAAGCUCACCUCUACAGCGUUAUGUAAACACAUCUUGCAAUAAAGCUUUACAAAGCAC